AUGGAUACUUUAUGUAGAUAUUGCGGAGUAUUUGAAGCUUAUUACCAAUGUGACUCCUGCAAAAAACAAUUUUGUAUUGAAGACUGAUUUAAAGCUCACCCCAAAGCUUUACACCAACAACUCAGAAUUAUUUUGCCAAUUAAUAAAAAAUCAAGCGAGACAUUAUUGAAAUUGUUAGAAUUCAUAAAGAAAGAAUCUUUAAUAUUUUUAAUUGCAUAA